UUCAGCCCAAUCCAAAUUAUAAAAAAAUUGGAAAAAAAACACUAAAUCCUAAAUUGCUGCCCUUGCUCCGCCCUUAUUCGUCAGCUCGCCGCCUCCGCUGCUCCGCCCACUGUAACUGAUAAAUAAUUUUUUUAGCCAAUACGAUGGUACGACCGUAUGCUAUAAAGGGGAAGAAACGGAAGAAUAGAGAUGAGAAAUAUGAUAAAGAAGAACAAGAACAUGAUGAACAAGUAGAAGUAGAAGAGGAAGAACCUGCAAAGCAAGCUUCUAUUGAAAAGCCAACAAAGGAAGUCGAAGGUAAAGAAGAGGAAAAAGGCGAAACAGCAACAGAUGAACUUGUGGGAAUCCCAAUUGUCCCUAGUGAUAAAAAGACCAACAAAAACGGGGUCAUAUUUGUUCUUGAGAAGGCUUCCUUGGAAGUUGCUAAAGUUGGAAAGAGUUUCCAACUCUUGAACUCGGAUGAUCAUGCCAAUUUCUUACGGAAAAAUAACAAGAAUCUUGCUGAUUACAGGCCUGACAUAACACAGCAGGCUCUUCUAUCUAUUUUAGAUAGCCCUGUCAAUAAGGCUGGUAGAUUGCAAGCUGUGUAUGUUAGAACCGAGAAAGGUGUACUUUUUGAAGUUAAACUUCAUGUUCGAAUUCCGAGAACAUAUAAGCGGUUCUCUGGUAUCAUGUUGCAGUUGCUACAAAAACUAAAUAUAACUGCUGUUGGCAAGCGUGAAAAACUUUUACGAGUGAUAAAGAAUCCUGUAACCAAUUAUUUUCCUGUCAAUUCUCGCAAAAUAGGUUUCUCAUAUAGCUCAGACAAAUUGGUUAAAAUGAGAAAAUAUGUAGAUACUGUUGGUGGUGAUGUGAACCUAGUUUUUGUGGUGGGUGCAAUGGCCCAUGGAAAGAUAGAGACAGAUUAUAUAGAUGAUUUUAUAGCGAUUUCUGGUUAUCCACUAAGUGCUGCAAUGUGCAUUGCAAGGAUUACUGAAGCUUUGGCAGAUAAGUGGAAUAUAUUGUAAAGCUUGUAUAUGUCGCAAUGAUGCAAGUUCCGGGUUAGAUAUCAGUGCUGAAUUACUUAUAUAUUAUGUGCUACGAUUAUAUACUCUAGUUUUUGUGGGAAUAUAUGGUUACAAAUGGUUUUAGAAGGCUAAGACCAGUCUGAAAAAUGGGAAACCAUUUUAUUUGUAGCUAGAUAUACGCACAUACACGACGCAGGUUUUUCUUA